AUGCCCACGGAAUCCCUGCCUUCAGUCUCGGUGUCUCCAUACUCGUGUCUGGGAUGUCGCGAGGCAAAGAGAAAAUGCGAUCGUGUUCAUCCGGAGUGCACCCUCUGCACACAAAAGAAUAUUAUAUGUUUCUAUCCCCAUCGUCGGAAAAGGAGGGAAUUAAGAAACUCUUCUGAAGCGACAUCACCGGCUGCCGGGAGUGUAGCCAGCCCGGAGUCGUCCUUGGCCCGACGCCCAGUGCCAGUGGUGUCGGCAACUGCUGCCAACUUGUUGGCGGAGCGGUUCAUGGAUCCGGAGCUGUUUGCGUUUGCGCAGCUUGAGCUUCCCAAGUUGGAAUUAGAGUCCCUUAUUACGGAUGAUGUGGAGGCCUUGGUUGGAGAUGUGCAGGAUAUACAGGCCACGACUCAAUUUUUCUUCGAGACGGUGCACACCUGGAUGCCCAUCGUCUCCAAAAAUGGGUUCUCGCAGUCUCUUAUCAAGAGAAUGACACACCAGCGAGCCGAGUUGUUUCUGCUGGUGUUGUCAAUGAAGCUGUGCAGUUCGCGUGUGACGAAUGCCAGGACGAAUCUUUACCGGACUGCUCGACGGCUCUAUGCUGACAUUGAGCGAUCCGGAACCCUGAGUCUGCUAGUGCUGCAAGCUGGUAUCCUUAUUGCGCUGUAUGAGAUGGGUCACGGGCUGUACCCUGAUGCAUACCUUUCUGUUGCGCAGUGUGCUCGAUAUGGUACCGCACUUGGGGUUGAUAAGACGAUUAUCUCUAGGGAGAUGGGCACAACCACGUUGCCAGACUUGGAAGAAGCUCGUCGGGUGUGGUGGUCCAUUUUAGUUCUCGAUAGAUUCAUGAAUCUCUGCGACCCAAUGCGCCAUCUCGUCACUGCAGACCCCGAUUCAACUAGCUAUCUGCCCAUUGAUGAUGAGGAAUGGGACUCUGGAAAAUCUGGUGCCGAACAUGCAUUCACGCUCGGAUCUGCCAUCAGCCUCCGCCUCGGCCGAUUCGCCCGCUUCGCACAAGCCGCGCACCUGCUGAGCCAAGUGCUGCACCAAGUAGCCGACAAGUCGACUGAUACGACGCAACUGAGACGGACCAUCUUCUCGCUGGUAAAUGUCUCUAGAAUCGAGGCCGAUAUGAGACAGUUGGAGCUCUUGGCAUCUUGCUUCUUGACCACCCGACGCUGUUACCCCAAGGGCAUCAACAGUAUGGCACGAGUGUCCUAUCAAGCGAAACCUCGUCGAUUUUGCAAGCCGCUUUAA